AUGAGACCAUCCAAGAAACUAGUUUUCCUUUCCCUCUUCUCUCUGGCAAUUUCCCCCGUCUCCUCGACCUGCUACUACCCCAACGGCACCGCGGACGACCACUACCAACCAUGUAGCAGAGUCCAAGGCGUCAACGGCAUGUGUUGCGCACUCGACCGCACCAAUUCCCCGGGCGGGCCAGACUCCAAGGGCUUCACGGCGGACAUCUGUCUGGAGAACGGACUGUGCCAGAACAUCGUGCAAAAGGUGAGCACAGGCCAGAUGGUUUACACCUACUGGCGAACUCUGUGCACCAGCGCGGACUGGUCGACGAAUGGGUGUCUGAACGUCUGUACCGGGGGCGAGGUAUAUCCGGGGCAUACUGUCCCACUGACGCCGUGCGAGAAUACCCCCGAGUCGAAGACCUGGUGCUGUGGGCAGAACAACACCGCGUGCUGUGGGACGUCGGAGGCGAUCACACUUGCGCCAACGCUGGCGGUGGGGCUUGUGGCAUCGACGUCGACGGCGGCAUCUACCUCUGUUAGUACGGUAUCUCCCUCGAGCUCUUCUUCUGCCACGACAGCGGCGUCUGUGCCUUCAACGGCGAUAUCUGCAUCUGCAUCGCAGCCACGCGAUUCCUCACUGUCAACAGGCGCGAAAGUAGGAAUUGGGAUUGGAGUGGGUGUGGGAUCAGUAGCGGUGUUUGGUGCGUUGGCUGUUCUCCUCGUCAGAUGGAGAAGGCGAGUGAGUUCGAGGAGGCCGUACCCCUUCAGCAGUGUGGGGAUUAUCACCCGAGGCCAGGUGCAUGAGAAAGCAGCCGAUGGACCGCUGACAAGACAUGAGCUGUCAGGUCGCAAUGUAGUGGAAGCGGAAGGGGAGAGUCCUGUUGUCGGUGGAGGUAAGCCCGGAGCUUUUACCACGUAG